UCCAUAUCCAUCCAGUUUUUUUUUUUUGACCAGUUCCACCGCUUAAUUCGCAGGACCGCGCCACCGCCCACCGCGUCCCCUCCCCGCCCUCCGGCGAUCACCUCCGGCGGCCGCGGCCAUGCGGAGCCGGGGCUCCUCCGACCGCCUCGAGGCGCUCUCCCUCGAGAUCGAGCGCAAGCUGCAGAAGGUACCGACCGGGGCUCGCCUUUUGGAAAUCCCUGCGCGGGCAUUAUUCGCAGAUAUUGCAUUGAAGGUGGAUGAUCGUGCCCGAGAUGCGAUUAUGAGCGAGAAUGAUGAUGGCAUUGCUCCAUUAGAUGAACGAGAAGAUGGUUGGCUGUGCUUCUAUGAAAUUCUUGCUAAUCAUUUUGUUAGAGUGCCUGAAAGUGGGAGGCGUAUACUUGAGUUGAUAGUGCAACUCUGGAGCCAGUCCUUCGCGUCCAACAUAUUUUCCCUUCUUCUCCACAAAUGGUUGUUUGAAGCCCCUCUUGAUGGAAAGGAAAUACCACUAAGAUACAGCUCUGCUCUUGUUCAAGGUGCUACAAAUGUUUUUUGGAUUGACAUACAGACAAAUACAAGACAUUUUCUCUCCUUGUAUCAUUAUCUCCUUGAAGAUGUUGCUCUAGUCCCUGACCGACUUAAUAAAAUAUCAUUACAGGCUGGUAGAGACCUUUUCCUUCUGCUCUCUAGAUUCAUGUUCUUCUAUGAUCAGGAUCAUUUGCUCUCUCGUUUCCUAGAGCAUUUUCCCACUUUUCCAAAUUCUUUCUUGGUUGGUGGUCCAGCAGAUUACUUUGUAAUUGAUCUCACAGAUCAGCUUCAAAAGCUAAAAAUUGAGCCAGUGCUACUGCACUACCUCUCCCGCAUGAGCAUACUUCAAGGGUUGGAACUGAGGUUGAGUACAAGCACCAGAUUAAAGGCCUGCCUCUACAGCUUCACUUCUCCUGGUGGUCCUACGUACCCAACACGAGCGGUGCGGCAUGCAGCCUGGAAUACACUGGAUUUGCUUUUCCCUAUUGGUCGCUACCCUAGGCAUGUGAUAAGCCUGUUCUUCCGGCUGCUGUAUCCAUGGUACUGGCCUUCCUCUUGCUGGAACUUCGUGAUGACCUGUGCCAUGACUGUCUACUACUACAUCCUAAACCUGCUCGUCUCAACCUGGGAGAGCCUGAGGCGGCCUAGUCACCGGAGAACGCACGAAGAGUGAAGACAUCUUGUGUUGUUGUUUUGUUCAUUUUCUUCUGUUUUUCGUGCAAGCAGUGUAGUAAAUAUAGUAGCUUUUGUGUUUGUGCAAACAACAUGUUCUGUAUAAACUGCUACGUUUGUUCAGCUGUCUAUAUAGGACGAGGAACAAAAGGUAAUGAAGGAGAGCAUGUGCAUUUCUGACUUC